AUGACAUGCACACUUUGCAGAGCCUACUACAAUCGCGACCUGUUUUACUGUCAACUCAUUUACGGUCAAUUGGUCAGCGAACUAGACGGCAUGUUGGGAGGUUCGCUGUGCCUUCUGCUUUGCUGUUCGCUCGCGUCUGCUCAGUUCAAUCCACACUUUCUACCGGGACGACACGCGAUAGUGCAGCUGUUCGAGUGGCGCUACGAAGACAUCGAGCGGGAGUGUCAAACGUACCUCGGUCCGCACGGGUUCGGUGCGGUUCAGCUGUCGCCGGUGAAUGAAGUUCGCGAUGGAACGAGCUGGGCCGACCGGUACGAACCGGUUUCGUUCAAACUGACCAGUCGCUCGGGAAACGAAUCGUCGCUGCGGUCGGCUAUCGAUGCCUGCAAUAAGGCCGGUGUACGUGUAAUCGUUGAGGUAGUGCUGAACCACAUGGCUCGUGCUGAUUCCGGCUCCUCCACGACAACGCGUGGCACAGCUGGUUCGACCGUAAACCCUGCCACCCGUGACUAUCCCGAUGCACCGUUCAGUGCGGCAGACUUUAACGACCAGUGCCGCAUCGUCAACCCGGAAGAUCCGCACGAGCUGCGCAACUGCUGGAAGGAAGAUCGACCCGAUCUGAAUCUCAGCCUGCUGCGCGUCCGGGAGCGUAUUCUGAGCUUCCUCAACCGACUGCUUACGUUCGGGGUGGCAGGCUUCUUUGUCGAUUCUGCGCUGUACAUGUGGCCGCACGAUUUGCGGGCAAUUUUCGAUAAGGUGCAGAAUCUUACCACGGUCGGAAGUGUCUUCCCAACGGGUAGUCGUCCGUUCGUCUGUCUGGAUCUCUCGUACCACGGACUUAGCGGGUCGGAGCUGGCACUGCGUGCAAGAUGGAGUGACUACAGUGACCUUGGAAUGAUUGCACAGGAUCGCUUUGCGUACGACAUUGGUGAUGUGCUGCUGAAAAGGAAGCCUUUCCACUACUUCGUUCACCUCGGCACCCGGCUCGGGUAUGUACCGCGCGAGAAAGCCCUGAUCUACGUCAACAAUCCGCAGCUCCAACGACUGCCCGAUGCGGACGGUGAUCUGUGGGUCGUUUCGGCACGCAACCGACGCGCGUAUCAGAUCGGUCUUGCGUUCAUGCUAGCGCAUCGCUAUGGCACACCGCGCAUUACUAGCUCGUACGAGUUUGCAAACGCUUCCCAAGGUCCUCCCAGUGACGCUCAGGGCAAGAUAGCACCCGUUCUUUUCGAUAACUCAGGCCACUGCCGACUGCCGUGGAUCUGCGAGCAUCGAUGGCCGGUGGUGCGGAAAAUGGUUCACUUCCGCAACGUCACCAACGGCACCGCAGUAGGGGCGUGGGUUGACAAUGGCCAGAAUCAGAUCGGCUUCUGCCGUGAUCGUGUUGGGUUUGUGGCCUUCAAUGCGGAAAUUUCGCUCUCGCUCAAAGCGAACUUGUACACGUGCAUGAUGCCGGGGGUGCACUGCGAUCUGAUCAGCGCUACGGACGAUAAGCUCGAUGCGGAUGGUGACUGCCCGGGUGCAACGGUGACGGUGGCCACCAAUGGGCGGGCAGAGAUUUUCAUACACAGUCAGCUAGAGGCACCAUUCAUAGCGCUGUUGAACACUUUCAAACCAAAAUAAACGUAUGUAAGGGUGAAGAGAAUUUAAAAGAAUCAUACAAACACGGCGCCUAAAGCUAUGCAAUGUGCAUUACAAUUUCAGCCUUUCAGCCUGUCAUCACGCUGUUUUAUAAAACCGAUCGCACACGAACUAUUUUGAUGAUGAUUUUUCAUUCGUUUUCUUUGUUUUUACUCUCUUUAUAUCCUUAUACAGCUUGAUGUAGCACUCUAUAUUAGCUUCAAAAUCGAAUCACAACAAUGAGAAGUGUUUUGAAUUGUAUGGAAACAGAAACACUGAAAGGUUCGUAAUAAUAUGCGUUUCGCCUCUGACUGUGUAUCUGUGUGUGUGUGUGUGUGUUUAAGUGUUUGUGUGUACUAUUUGUUCAACCCCUCCUGCACUCACUCUUCCACACACACACCGGUUCGCUUCCACAACCUUAUCGCUGCCCCAAGUGUUCCUUCUCUUGCCUUCUUUCCAAACUCUUCCCAUCAGCUAACGUGCGUCGUACGUUCGUCGCUUGACCCCCAACCGACCGCAUACAACCGUGCGUGUAAUUCUAUGUCGAAAAUUUCGUGAUACACAUAAAAAGGUAAAUUUUGGUUCAUGUGUUUCAAAUGUAUCGUCACGUGUGAGUGGUGUGUUUCAUAUUUUUUGCUUUUUUUUUUUUGUUCUUUGCUACCCAUUUGAUGGUGACUGUGUGUGAUCGAGAGGAAGUUUAUUCAUAAAAUUUCCCUUACAAUAUCAACAUCCAGAUGUGUUUCUUUUUUUUUUGUGUGUAUGUGUGUGAGUUCAGCUUCAUACUAAUGAGACUCGAUUAAAGAUGGCAACGGGGAAAAUCUCGUCCGUUUGCUUCUUGCUACUUGCCAGAUGUCUCGUGUUAGUGUAUUUUUGUUUGCUUCUUCCAUUGAGUCUUUUUCUUCUUCUUCUUCUUCUUCUUCUUGAGUUACUUUAUUUGUCAUUAUCAUUAAAAGGGAAAUAGAGCUAGAGGAAGAAGACGUCUUUUUGUUUUUUUUUUCGAAAGAGUGCAUCGAUCGAUGAAAUAUAUAUAUGUUAUACGGAUUUCGUACUGUUUCAUUUAUUUCUCUCUUUCAACGCGUGUUUGCUCUUUCUCUUCCGCUUACUUAGUUACUUUGUCAUUGUUACGAUAUCGCUAUACGUGUUUGACUUUAUGGUUGAUCUCACUUUUAGGUUGGUUUUCAUUUUUAUAUCUCUCUUCUUGCUUUCAUUUUUAUAUAUGUCUCUUUGUCAUAUGUCAUCUUCUCUUUCGCUCUUUCUUUUAUCUCUUUUUUCUAAAGUCUGUUCUCACGGGGAUGUUAUGUUCUUCUGUUGUUGCUUUGUUUUUCCAUCAAAAGCCUUACCCUUUCCUAUUAGUGUCCGUUGCAGUGCGACCCAUCUGUUUGCCAAUUAGCUUGUUCUUUCCUUUCCCGCUUUACGUUCGAUCUUCACCAACGACAAGCCCGUUUCCGUCCAAUGCCCCAUGUCCCUGUCGUACGAUACGAUACGAUUUGCUAUAGAGAUUUGUUAAAAAUUAAGGCAGUGGUGAAAUAGAAAUUGUAUCCUGCAUUUACCAUAUUCUUCGCUUCUUCUCUCUGUUCUGUUCUUCUUUUUGUUCUGCUCUGUCUUUCUGACUCGCGCUAGUUUUGCUGUCUUGUCUUGGUUGAUUGGUGGCGGCUCUUGCUC